GCUGAAAGCUAAAACGUGUCAGUGUUGUGAAGAACAGAGGAGGACAAAUUAUAUUAGGAUUUUUGUGUUUUUCUGAAUUAAUCCAGAUAAGUUUUUGAUUGUAAUGAUUAUUUACUUUUCAAACCAAAGUUCAGAAAGUGAAAUUAAAUUGUAGAUCACUGGAUCUUUUACAAGACGAGGAAAUGGAUUCAAAAUCUGUGGAAGAGCUUUCUUGUCCUGUUUGCUGUGAAAUCUUCAAGGUUCCUGUUAUUCUGUCCUGUAGUCACAGUAUUUGUAAAGAGUGUCUACAACAGUUCUGGAAAACUAAGGAUUCUCAGGAGUGUCCUGUGUGCAGGAAAAGAGCUUUAAGACAAAAACCUCUAGUUAAUCUAGCGUUAAAAAACUUGUGUGAUUCAUUGAUAAAGGAGGGAAAUGAGGAGAUCUGCAGCUUACACAGUGAGAAACUCAAACUCUUCUGUCUGGAGGACAAACAGCCUGUGUGUUUAGUGUGCAGAGACUCAGAGAAACACGCCAAUCACACAUUCAGACCCAUCAGUGAAGUGCUUUCAUCUUACAAGGAGGAAUUUAAUACAGCAAUGACAUCCUUACAAACCAAGCUCAAAAAUGGAGAACAAAUGAAAGAAGAGUGUGAUGGAAUAAUUGAACACAUCGAGUCUCAAGCUGAGCAAACAGAGCGUCAGAUUAAAGAAGAGUUUGAGAAGCUUCAUCAGUUUCUCAGAGAUGAAGAAGAAGCUACAAUCACUGCACUGAGGGAGGAAGAGGAGCAGAAGAAGCAGAAGAUGAAGGAGAAGCUGGAGGAGAUGAACAGACACAUCUCAUCUCUUUCACAAACAAUCAAAGACAUGGAGGAGAUGAUGAAAGCUAAUGACGUCUCGUUUCUAAAGAACUUUAAUGUCACAAUGGAAAGAGUCCAGAUCUCACAGCCGGAUCCAGAGAUGAGUUCUGGAGCUUUGAUUCAUGUGUCACAUUACCUGGGUGACCUGUCGUUCAGAGUCUGGAAGAAGAUGAUGGAAACUGUCCAACACACUCCGUUGACUCUAGAUCCAAACACAGCACAUCCAUGUCUCACACUCUCUACUGAUCUGACCAGUGUGUCGAACAGUGGUGAAGAUAAAAAGUGUCCUGAUAAUCCAGAGAGGUUUAACAGUUAUGCAUGUGUCCUGAGUUCUGAGGGCUUUAACUCAGGAACACACUGCUGGGAUGUGGAGGUUGGUUACAAUACAUGCUGGAGUCUUGUAAUAACCACAGCAUCAAACCAAAGGAAGGGAGAAGUUUUCUUUAAGUCUAAUGUCUGGCGUGUGCAAUACAUAUACAGAAAAUACUGCUCACAAUCCCCAGAGCAACCCUUGUCUUUCUUAACUGUUAAGAAGAAGCUUCAGCGUGUGAGAGUAUGACAGAGGAACAGUGUCAUUCUCUAAUCCUGUAACCAAACACAGUGUGUGCACAUUCAGGACAUCCUUCACAGAGACUGUCUUUCCAUUCAUAUAUAAUCGCUGCACAACUUCCCCUCUGAGGAUUUUACCAGUUUGUAA